GAUGAUGAUGAGAAUGAGGAGGAUCCCCAGCGCAGGUCAAGAGAGAGGUAGAGGAAAAGUAGGAGGGGGCAGAGGGACCGUGGUGCAGGUCAAAAGGAGGGGAAGGAAUAGGAAUAAGAGGAGGAGGAUGACGAGGGCAACAAAAGAUGAAGGGAGCGGCAGUACAUGGCAAGAAAGAAUGGAGGAGGCGGGGGCGGAGGAGGAGGAGGCGGAUAAGGAGGCGGAGCAGGAGGAGGAGGAGGAGGAGGGCUGUGACUGGUACCUUUCACGAGCUCAGCUCAUGGUUCAGUUCAGUGUGGUUCCGCCUUCCUGCUCCUGUGUGACUCGCUCCUCCUUGCACCUCGCCCCCCUGCUGCUGCCCCUGCUUCAUCGUCCCUGCUGCCUCACCGCUCCUCCUGCCGCCAAAGCUCAACAUUACACCUUCACCUUUCCCCUGCCCGCACACCAUCUCACGAUCCGACACCCUUACCUGCACAGCGCUCCCCCGGUUUUCAGUAUUUGCCUGUAAGAAAGUAAGAUGUCUGGAAUGCCUGCACUCUCCCACCUGCCGCCCGCCGCGCUCAACAAGACGGUGGCCAUGAAGACGGUCGACACCAGGCCGUUUGAACAGAGCCUGUCCCUGGUGCCCCCGACGCUGAGUCGCUCUUAUCCCACAGAGAGCCGCGUCCUGGACUCCAUCAGGUUCCCCAACAUCUUCACGUCCGCCACGGCCACUAUGAAGACACGCUACACGCCGGCCGACUGGUCACAAAGCAACCUGGACCAUUACAGCGACGCGGAGGCCACGAGGGGCGUCUCGGAGCGUGUGAGGGACGAUGCUGUGAGGCUGGUCGGGUUUACGUACGACCGCACCAACAUAGCGCAGCGGGAGAGCUCACAGCGUCUUGGGGAGAGAGUGAGUGACAUCACUUUUUGGCGGAGCGAGUUGAUGCAGGAACUGGACAGGAUGCUGGCCGAGACCAACCGCCUGAAUGACUCUCGCCGCCUCCUGGAACACAGCCUGAAGGACACCGAGAACCCUCUCCAUGUCACCAAGGAGUGCCUCUACUUCAGGGAAAAUAGGCAAGGGAUUGACCUCGUGAGGGACCAGCCUGAGGAGUCAUUGCUACGGGAGGUGGACACGAUCAAGGACUGCCAAGCACGUAUGAAGAACCUCCUGGACCGAGUCAACCUCCAGUUGUCGCGAAACCGCGCGGCGCGGCAGGACAUGGAACACGACACGAUGAACAAGAACCACGCCCUCACCAUCGACUUCACGCAGCACUCCCUCAACAACCACUCCCCGGCCAUCACCUACUACCCGGGCAUUGAGAGGGUCGAUAACACAGUGAGUGUUCCGGACACCUGGGCAGAAUUCACCAAUCGCAACAUUCAGCAGAGUCAGAGCGAGAGAAGCAGCUCCCAGAGGAUGCGGCAGGAAGUGGACAGUCUGCUUGCGGCCACUCACCAGGACAUGUGGACGGCGUGGUCGACCUCCAACACGUCCCUCACGCACAGACUGGGCGAGACCAACGACACCAGGAACAAACUUCUCGCACACCGGGACAGAGUACAACGAGAGAUGAACGACUUGGAGCGCCACAUCGACCUGCUUAAGAAGGCCAUCCUGGACAAGUCCGCCCCGCUAAAGGUGGCACAGACGAGGCUGGAGGGCCGCACGCACCGCCCGGAAAUGGAGCUCUGCAGGGACCCGCCGCAACAUAGGAUGGUGCGGGAGGUGCAAGAACUGAGUGAGAGCGUCGAGUCACUACGCCACAAGCUCUCCGAGGCUGAGAAUUCCCUCCACCGCCUGGCCCAGACCCGCGCCCGCCUAGACCAUGACCUCGGAGUAAAGACCAACUCCCUGUACGUAGACCGCGACAAGUGCCUCUCCAUCAGGAAGAGCUUCCCCCUGUCGCAACCACACUUGGUGGACUUCACUCUCUACUGAGACACUGCGACGAGCCACAGGGAGCUGGAUGAUGGUCUGAGCCAGGAAUACUGAACGGAUAGAUAAAUAGGGUAUAGAUAAGCAGAUGCUAUGGGUAUAGAUAGAUACAGAUAGAGAUAUAGAUGUACAGAUAAAUAUACAAAUAAAUAGUUAAGUAGAUAGAUAGUUAGGUAGCUUGGUAGGUAGGUGGGUAGACGUAUAUGGAUAGGAAAAAUCUAUCGAUCUUUUUAUCUAUCAAUGUAUAGAUAGAUAGAGAGAUAGAUAGAUAGACAGAUAGACAGACUGGUGAGUAGGUAGAUAGCCAGACAGUUUAAUAAAAAAAUAUAUAUAAAUCGAUUGAUUAACUGAUUGAUGAAUUAACUGAUUAAUAUGUAAAAUUAUCUAACUGGAAACAAAUUAGUAAUUUUUUGGCAUGUUAUAGGAAAUUGGCCAAUGUAGUUCAUUAGUUGUCUUACCAGACCUCUGGGGUGCCACGCAAAAAUACUUAUGCACGUUUAUAUCCCACACUGAUAGCAAUUAGUAAUGUACUAGGCACCGCCUCGACCAAUAAGCUCUAUGCAGUUAGUACACUCUAGUCAAGGCCGUAUUUCAGGCCAGUUUUCUAACUCAGUCUUCGCAUAACAGAAACGCAGCAGGAGACGUCACAGCGGAGGGAGAGGAGAGUGAAAGGUGUGGGAGGGGAUGAUAUUCGAUCAGUUUUGAUUCAAUUCCUUGAUUAGUAUCUUGUUACAAUGAAAGAAACAGGAGUCUAGAGGGAUGGCUGUGACAGCUCCUCUGCUGCCUCUAGAAACUUGACCAAAGCAACAAACACUGCCCAAACAACUUGCUGCCAUUGUGCUAUACUACAUGUAGGAAGAAUGACCUCCACUUGUAGGAUGUAGUUUUUUAGGCCUGUUAUAUCGUAUUUAUAUCAACAAAAGUCGUGGGAAAAAAUGAUACUCAAUAUAUCUAUCACGAGUAUGGUUUUAGCAUUGUCUCCAGGGUGACAGACGUGCGUGGUGAGUGAACUCGAGAGGAGAGAGACUUUUAGCGUUCUUUAGGCCUUGUGACACCGUAUUUAUAUCAAGAAAAGUCCUAGGGAAUAAUUAAACCCACUCUAUUUAUUGUGUGGUUUUGACACACGUGAUGUGAACAUGAAGAGUAGACCGUAGCUUUAAGUGACAUUUCAACAGUAUUUAUAUUAACUAAGGUCGGAAUAAAUAAAACUCAAUUUAUUGAAAUCUUGAGAGGGAUUCUGGCAGUGUGCACGGUGACAGCGAUGCGUGGUGGAUGAAUGAACAUGGAGUGAGUUAUUGGUUACAAAGUCAGAGGAAGGAAGGGUUGUAAAACUACUGAUUACAAACAAAUGGAAAUGUUAUAUCUGGCCUGUUAUAGGAAAUCAGUCAGUACACAACCAAUGAACGUGUUCAUCUUACUUGACCUUUUGUAUACUAUGUAAGACAGCACAUUGCAUAUUUCACAAUGAUAAAACAGGCUAUGAGGCUGCUAGUGAAGUAAUGACACUGGCCAAGACUCACAUGAUUCAUAAACUGUGAACCACAUCAGAGUCUUAAAAGUGUGAACAGAGAUACUUAUCUUUGUUAUUAAUAAACUUUUGAUUGAUAAAGUUUAACAGCUAUUGGCUGCCAAGGAUUAGUUGAAAUCAGGGCAGACAAAGAACCGAUGGAGAGGUGACAUUAAUUAAAGUUACCGGGACAGUAUAGAUUACCCUAGAGUACCUAUAUAACGUAUACAAUAUAUAGGCACUCUAGAUUAUGCUAACUGAAGAGAGAGAGAAAGAGAGAGAGAGAUCAGUGGAAAAGGUUGGGAAUACCUUUUUCCUGCUGUGUAUUAAUUAAUAAUGGAUGAUGAUGAUCAUAUAACUUUUUUCCCUCCAAGUCAUGGUCUGUAUGCUCUGCGUGCCUACCAUGUGUGCCUCGUGGUGAAAUAGUGACUUACUGAGUGCUUUAAGGAUACAUGUGAUAGCACCUCGUACACUAGUUAGACUUGCACCGGUCACUGUUAGUGUAUAACACUUUGGGGUAAAAUUAAGCCAUUUCGCCAGACUCUACACGAAAAGGAUGCUACAUCACAGGAAUGAUUGUCUUUACACUAUGACCGGCGGUGGUUACUCUCGAGGCACCGUGAGCAGUGGCCCGGGGGAGAGGAGAAAUUUUAUCGAGGUGGUGGUGGUGGUGGGCUUUCAAAAAGUGGGCAAAGGUGGUCGUGCUAGCGUGCAUGAGCAUGGUUGGGCGUGAGUUUGGUUUAUAAUCUUCCUCAUUAUACAAUGGGCCUCGGUGAGACAGGUCACUCAACAAGAGGAGGGUUGAGUGAGUUAAUAUAUAUUAGCAUAUUACAGCAAAGCCCAUAUAAUGCUAAAUCUUUAACAUGAAACGGUAGCGGGUGAAGUAGUGUGGAGAGCAGUAAUGUUAUGAUUGUGUUCAGAAGGGACUGUGUAAAAAGUAAGAGGUAAAGAAAAGUAAGAGGAAUCGAGGGCUAGAACUCAAGGCUAGGGACUAUGUUAUAUAAGCUACCAAGAGCACGUCCCUCGUCUUGGACUCCAUCCCCCGUCCCCAAGGACUCCCCUCGCCCAAUGGACCUUCUUGACCACUGUAUUCACUAACUUGAUCCCAAGGUAGUUUAGCGAUCUCUUUACAUUUUCAUUACAUGCUCACAAAGAACUAAUUUAUUAAGUCUCCCUCCCACGGUGAAACUAAAUAAACCU